CCACACUAGAACUUUGGGAUACGAGUUUGAACACAGGUUAAUAGGUUAUUAUUCGAUUAUUAUUUGCCGAGUAACAUGCAAUCCAUUCAUCUACUUUUACUAGCCAGUUACCCAUUCUGGAGUGUCGUGAGUCAAGCUGUGUCCCCAUAUUCCUUGAAGUCCAUGUAUAUGUGUGAUAUUUUGCAGCUCAGUGAACCCCUCAUCGUUUAUAAACUGAAAAAUAUUGAGUGCUCAACCGCGCCUGGAUUUUCAACGAACGCUUCCUGCUAUGUAAGAGCAGUAAAUUGGAACAAGGCCGUGGCUGAAAUGGAUGUCGAUCUGCUGAGACCUUUGUACAAUAUAACAGUUCGGUUACAGAUCUUCAAGAGGGACUACAGCAAUAAGUUCCAGCCCUUCCUCGUGGACGUUCAAAUAAACAUGUGCGAUGCACUAUCCAGGCGCAGCUUUAUGCCGUAUGGCUUGAUCAUUCUGAAAAUUACCAGGUCGUUCUCAAACUUUAAUCACUCCUGUCCAUAUUGCGGUCAUUUGCUAGCACGUGGCGCAUAUUUAAACGAAUCCAUCUUGCCCAACGUUUUUCCCCUUGGCUUCUAUAAAUUAAAAAUUACGAUUAUGGAAAACUACAGAGCUUCGCCGAGCGCACACGUUGGGGGUGUUGUCUGGUACGUCCAGGUCAUGGAGGCAAUCCAGCCAAAAAAGAAACCCAACCGAGGCGUCUAA